AGGCGCAUGAAGAUUCGGCCAAUCAGAGUCCGCGGACUAUCUCCGCGCUGUUGUGAAACGGGGCGUGAUUGCUAUUUAAACCAACUGCCCACCUUGAGCAUUGCGCACACGUUCUGUCAUCGACAUUUACAGCGUUAUACUCAGCGACAGCUCGAGACUCUCCAAAAUGAGUGACAAAAUCCCUGUGAAGACGGAGGUGCAGACCUUUGACAAGAAAUCUCUAAAAAAGACAAACACAGCGGAGAAGAACACUCUGCCAACCAAAGAGGAUAUUGAGCAAGAGAAAAAGGCUGCAAAGGGGUCGAAAUGAAUCCGGCCUGUCACGACUCCUCUCGCCUCCCGUCCCCUUUGACUGCACCUCUAUUUCUACAUAUGAAAUCAUGUUAAAAUCAAUGUCAUCUUUUACAGUACGACAUGAGAACUGUGUAAUCGUGUAUUAAUUGCAGCUGUGGAUCUUUCAAGCGUGUUAUGUAGAGAGGAGAUUGAUGACACCAGCGGCUCUGUGAUCGUCACUGCUGCUGGUGUCUGAAUCUGAAUCUGCUGGCAUUUGUGAUUCUUAGAGAAAUAACAUGUAAGAUGAUAUUUUUGUUUAAUAAAUAAAUAAUAAUAAAGUUUUUAAAUGUA